AUGGCUGGCGUGAAACGCAAAUCAGAGGCUGCUCAAGAGCAUGCCGUGGAGAUUCGCAACAACGCUGCUACUGCUUCUGCUGAAGGUCCCGAGUCCACUUUCGAUUCUACAAUUGGCUCCACUCCUCGCAGCCGUGGUUCUAGAGCACGUGGCACGCGUGGUAAUCGUGCUGCUCGCGGUGUUCGCGGAAACCGUGGACGCGGAGCUGCUGUUUCUGCUGAAGCUACUGCUGCUACUUCUCAUGAACCCGAACCUGAAACUCCUCGUUCCAAGCGUACGAGACGGAGCAUUGCUAUGGAGGAAACUCCUCGUACUACCAGGCAGUCAGCAAGGUUGGGUUCCAAAGUGGUGACGAACUCUUCUUCUUCUAUCCAUCAACCAGACUUCCAAGAUCAUUCGAACGACCAUCAGGCAGAGAUGAUCGCUCCCGAAGAACGAGAGGCCCUCCCUGGUCGUGAAACGCGGAACAAAGGUGCCGCGAAGUCUGCAGAGGCUAACAACACUUCUCAUAACCAUCACACUCGUGAUUCCUUAUCUCCUACUUCUGCGCCUCCUGCCAACACUGCUGAAAACGCCCAACAUCAUUCUUCUCCUGGUUCUUUUGUACCUGCGUCUGAUGACGCUCUCGAGCACUCUACCAAGAAUCGUCGGGCUUCCGAUACUGGAGAACUAUCUACUGCUGGCGCACGUGAUCUCAAGAACACACCUACCACUGCAUCCGGGUUGAGAAAGCGUAGGGCUGCGAAACUCGAAGAUGAAGACGAUGCCGAUCCUUCUUACUCUCCUGACUCUAACAAGAAACCGAAAAUGGAGGAAGACGAGACUGAACAUGCGUUGCAGCAACAGCUACAGAACGGCGAUGAUGAGAGUCCUGCUUCACCCUCACUUGCACACGAAGAAAAGAUUGAGUCGCGCGAGAUCACAGAAGAAGUCGGCAACACUCCUGAAGAUGAUACUGCGCCGGCCAAUAAUCGAGGCCGAGGUCGUGGCCGCGGACGUGGACGUGGACGCGGCCGUGGUGGACGCGGCGGAGCAACUGGACGUGGAGGACGUGGUGGGAAGCGUGGAGGCGCUCGUGGACGUGGCCGUGGCCGUGGAGGACGCGGCGGACGAGGAGCGAGACGCGGCGAUGGCAGUGACACUGAAUACGACUUUCCUUCUCGUUCACCUUCUCCUAGCCCUGCUACACUGAAACUCCGGGAACGCCAGAAAGAACUCGACAAGGUGUUCAAGAAGGUGGCUGCUGCACAACGACUUGCCCUGUCCGUCCUGGCAACGCAAUCUCACAAGCGCCUGGCUCGCGACAAAAACGCUCACUUGCAAGUCAAGGAGCACGAAGAGGUCCAACGGGACCUGAAGAAGCGGUUGGAGCAACGGAAAGCAAUCCUCCGCCGCAGCUACGAGCUGAAGGUGGAAGAGGCAGAGAUCCUCUUCGCCGCGAACAAGGAGCGCCUCGAACGGCAAUUUAGAGCUUCGGCUCUACAUAUUCAAGAAGAACACCUGCUGGCCGCGCAAGGCGAAUAUAUGGCCUUUAUCGAAGGCUACCGGCAGGCGGAGGACGACGACCACACGGAAACCAACGACUCGGAGUCUGAACCUGAGCGCGGCUUCGCUCCCCCCGCGGGAAAGAAGUUCAAGCGAGGGUACAACUCCUCCUUCGUAAGGGACCCCGCUGGGGCCGCUGCGUACGAGCGGGCCAGCUACGGCUGGGACGACUUCGUUCAGCGGGCGAAGUUGGGAGGGGACAUUAGUCCCCAGAUGAAGGAGAUCAACCAGGAGACCCCGGGCCCCCACGGCGCCGAUAUCUUGUCCCUGUUGAUCCGGGCCAGCGAGGCAGUCAACAACCAGCCUCAACAACCAGAGGCAAUGCCGGCUGCCAUGUUCGCCCUGGCGGACGCCGCGACCGCUGAGCUGCACCGAGCUCAGCAGGAACAACAAGCCAAGUCGGCGCGUCCGUCGGCCCAUCGAGCCAUUCUGCCACAGCCAACUCCGCAGAUGGCUCAUGGGCCGACGGAUCCGCGCUCGUUCCUCUUCGCGGCUCCCCAGCGGCAGCAACAGCAACAGCAACAGCAGCAGCAGCAGCAGCAGCAACGGCGCCUCCUGCCCGCUGGCCAGAUUCCGCCGAUCAACGAGCAACUCGGGCUCCCAGACCCGUUCGUUGCUCCCGGCGGAGCUCCCCAACUUCCCCCUCCGAAGGGGUCGAAUUUCCAGCGUCCGCUGCCGGGGUACCUCCCUGGGCCCCCUCUCUACUACCCUCCGCCGCCGCCUCCGCCGCCUGGCCCAGCGGCCCCGGGUCACCGGCCCCCUUACUAA